AUGUAUCAUCCAAAAUUUCACAAGACCAAUAAGGGUUUUGAAUGUAAGGAAUGUGGGAAAGUAUUUAGUCAGCUUUCAGACCUCUCUAGACGUGAAAGAAUUCACAGUGAAGAGAGGCCUUAUGAAUGUAAGGAAUAUGGGAAAGCAUUUAGUCAGCUUGCAGACGUCUCUAGACAUGAAAGAAUUUCCAGUGGAGAGAGGCCAUAUGAGUGUAGAGAAUGUGGGAAAGCAUUUCAUAAGCCUGCCAACCUUUGCAUGCGCAGAAGAAUUCACAGUGGAAAGAGGCCCUAUGAAUGUCAGGAAUGUGGAAAAGCAUUCCAGCAGCCCUCAACCCUCCUUAUGCAUAAAAGAUUUCACAGUGGAGAGAGGCCCUAUGAAUGUAAGGAAUGUGGGAAAGCAUUUAAAUGGCCCUCACACCUCUCCAGGCAUAAAAGAAUUCACACAGGAGAGAGGCCCUAUGAAUGUAAAGAAUGUGGGAAAGCAUUUAAAAGGCCCUCACACCUCUCCAGACAUAAAAGAAUCCACACAGGAGAGAGGCACUAUGAAUGUAAGGCAUGUGGGAAAGUGUUUAAACGGCCCGCAAACCUCUCCAGACAUCAAAGAAUUCACACAGGAGAGAAGCAGUAUGAGUGUAAGGAAUGUGGGAAAGCGUUUAAAUGGACCUCACACCUAUACAGACAUAAAAGAAUUCACAAGGGAGAGAGGCCUUAUGAAUGUAAGGAAUGUGGGAAAGCAUUUAAUGAGCUUUCACACCUCACCAUACAUACAAGAAUUCACACUGGAGAGAGGCCCUAUGAAUGUAAGGAAUGUGGGAAAGCAUUUAGUCAGCUCUCAACCCUCCUUAUACAUAAAAGAAUUCACAGUGGAGAGAAGCCAUAUGAAUGUAAGGAAUGUGGGAAAGCAUUUAAGGAGUCCUCAACCCUGCUUAUACAUAAAAGAAUUCACAGUGGAGAGAAGCCAUAUGAAUGUAAGGAAUGUGGGAAAGCAUUUAGUCAACUGUCAUAUCUCUCUGCACAUGAAAGCAUUCACAGUGGAGACAGGCCCUAUAAAUGUAAGGAAUGUGGGAAAGCAUUUGGUAACCUUUCAAACCUCUAUAGACAUGAAAGAACUCACAGUGGAGAGAGGCCCUAUGAAUGUAAGGAAUGUGGGAAAGCAUUUAGUUACCUUUCAAACCUCUCCAGACAUAAAAGAAUUCACAGUGGAGAGAAGCCAUAUGAAUGUAAUGAAUGUGGGAAAGCAUUUAGUUACCUUUCAAACCUCUCUAGACAUGAAAAAAAUCACAGUGGAGAGAGGCCCUAUGAAUGUAAGGAAUGUGGGAAAGCGUUUAAACUGACCUCAUACCUAUACAGUCAUAAAGGAAUUCACACUGGAGAGAGGCCUUAUGAAUGUAAGGAAUGUGGGAAAGCAUUUAAUGAGCUUUCAUACCUCACCAUACAUACAAGAAUUCACACUGGAGAGAGGCCAUAUGAAUGUAAGGAAUGUGGGAAGGCAUUUAGUUUUUGUUCCUCUUUGCUCUCUUUACAUAAAAGAAUUCACAGUGGAGAGAAGCCCUAUAAAUGUAAGGAAUGUACUAAAGCAUUUCGUAAGCCAUCACACCUCUCUAGACAUAAAAGAAUUCACACUGGAGAGAGGCCCUAUAUAUGCGACGGUAGCCGCUUUCUGGACCCGAGCAGCGGGGAGGGCCCUGCGUCUUUCCGGGCGGGAGCAGGUCUCCAGCGCGGGACACGGAGAACUCGUCCAGUCCAUGUGUCUGGGGCAGGAAAGUGA